GUAAGAGAGAGAGGGAGAGAGAGAGAGACUGGCUUUUUUUUCUUUCUGCUCUUUCCCUAUUCCCUCUCUCUUCAGGCGAGCAGAGCAGAACGGGACUGAGUGAGAGGAGGACAGAGACGCAGACGUGUGCAGACCAGAGCACACCAACUCCACAAAGACAAGAGAGGAGGAAGAGUUUGCAAGGAAGAGAAAGAAAGCAGCUCCUUCUUCUUCUUCUUCUUCUUGUUUUUUUUUUUAUUUUUACAUCAGCAAACUGUGGUGGAUAUCAAACCUACAUCAGAAGCAUUCUAGAAGAACAAAAAAGAGGAUUUGUGUGGCUUCACAGCUGAGAGGAGAAUAUUAGCAUUUGUUAUAGGGUUUCUUUUUUUUUCUUUUAUUCUAUUUAUAUUCACCACAUAUUUAAAAAUUGCUCUACCUAGCGGAGUUGUGAGGCGUAACAGGACUCUUGGAAGCACAAAAAAAAAAAGGUGGACAGAGAGAAAAAGUAAAGGGGUUUGUUUGAGAAGAGCAAGGCUGCCGUGGUGGUGAACAUGCCCAUUAGAGGUAGCUGUUUUGAGGCAGGCAUGGGCAGGCUGGCCGGGCAGCCACUCUGGAUGUGGGUGGUGAUGCUCUCUGCCCUGAUCAUGGGUGAUGCCAGUGCCUGCCCAGCCCUGUGUACCUGCAGCGGCACCACAGUGGACUGCCACGGACUGGGUCUCAAAACCAUGCCAAGGAAUAUCCCCCGCAAUACUGAGAGGCUGGAGCUGAAUGGGAAUAACCUCACACGCAUCACCAAGAGUGACUUUGCUGGACUGAAGUACCUCCGAGUUCUGCAGCUGAUGGAGAAUCAGAUUACUGUGAUCGAGCGUGGGGCUUUUGAUGACAUGAAGGAGCUGGAGAGACUGCGGCUGAACCGUAAUCAACUACAGCAGCUUCCUGAGUUGCUGUUUCAGAAGAACCCUGGCUUGUCUCGACUAGAUCUGAGUGAGAACUUCAUCCAGUCCAUCCCCAGAAAAGCAUUCAGAGGAGCUACAGAUAUCAAAAACCUCCAGCUGGAUAAAAACCACAUCAGCUGCAUCGAGGAUGGAGCCUUCAGAGCGCUGAGAGGCUUGGAAGUGCUAACGCUGAACAACAACAACAUCAGCAGCAUCCCCGUCUCCAGCUUCAACCACAUGCCCAAAUUGCGAACUUUCCGUCUCCACUCCAACAACCUGAACUGUGACUGUCACCUGGCCUGGUUGGCCCAGUGGCUCAGACAGAGGCCUACAAUUGGUCUAUUCACCCAGUGCACUGGCCCUCCUGAGCUCAGAGGCCUCAAUGUUGCCGAGGUACAGAAGCACGAAUUCAGCUGCUCGGGACACCAGGAUUCUUCCAGCCUGCAGCCGUGCAGCAUUGGUGGAGGUUCAUGUCCUGCCAUGUGUACCUGCAGCAACAACAUCGUGGACUGUAGAGGCAAAGGUCUGACCGCCAUCCCAGCCAACCUGCCUGACAGCAUGGCUGAAAUACGUCUGGAGCAGAAUGGGAUUAAGUCGGUCCCUCCUGGAGCUUUCUCUCCCUACAAGAAGCUGCGUAGGAUAGACCUGAGCAACAACCAGAUCUCAGAGAUAGCUCCAGAUGCCUUCCACAGCCUGCGAUCCCUCAACUCCCUUGUGCUGUAUGGAAAUAAGAUCACUGAUCUGCCCAAGGGGGUGUUUGAUGGCCUCUACGCCUUGCAACUCUUGUUGCUGAAUGCCAAUAAGAUUCACUGCGUUCGUGCCAACGCCUUCCAGGACCUGCAGAAUCUCUCGCUGCUAUCGCUCUAUGACAACAAGAUCCAAACCCUCGCCAAGGGCACCUUCACUUCACUCCGAGCUAUACAGACCCUUCAUCUGGCCCAGAAUCCAUUUAUUUGUGACUGUAAUCUGAAGUGGCUGGCGGACUACCUGCGCUCCAACCCGAUUGAGACCAGCGGCGCCCGCUGUGCCAGCCCACGCCGCCUCGCAAACAAACGUAUUGGACAGAUCAAGAGCAAGAAGUUCCGUUGCUCUGCCAAAGAGCAGUACGUCAUCCCAGGUACAGAAGACACCCGUUUGAAUAAUGCCUGUAACAGUGAUCCAGUGUGUCCUCCUAAGUGCCGCUGUGAGUCCAAUGUAGUGGACUGUUCCAACCUGAAGCUCACUAAGAUCCCUGAGCACAUCCCUGCAUCCACCACUGAACUCCGCCUUAACAACAAUGAUAUUACAACUCUGGAAGCAACUGGAGUUUUUAAGAACCUUUCCCAGCUGAAGAAAAUUAACCUCAGCAACAACAAGAUCACAGAGAUUGAGGAUGGGGCGUUUGAAGGUGCAUCAUCUGUCAACGAGCUUCACCUCACAGCCAAUCAGAUCGAUUCGGUUCGAAGCGGGAUGUUCCGUGGCCUUGAGGGACUUCGCAUGCUGAUGCUGAGGAACAACAAGAUCAGUUGUGUCCACAACGACAGCUUCACGGGGCUUCACAACGUCCGUUUGCUGUCUCUGUAUGACAACCAGCUGACCACAAUCACCCCAGGAGCCUUCGACACUCUGCAGACUCUCUCCACUCUUAACCUCUUGGCCAACGCCUUCAACUGUGACUGUCGGCUGGCCUGGCUCGGAGAUUGGCUGAGGAGCAGGAAGAUCGUGACGGGUAACCCUCGCUGCCAGCGUCCGGCCUUCCUGAAGGAGAUCCCUCUGCAGGAUGUGGCUCUGCCUGACUUCCGCUGUGAGGAGGGCCAAGAGGAGUCAAGCUGUGUGCCCAGACCCCAGUGUCCCAGUGAAUGUACUUGCCUGGAGACUGUGGUGCGCUGCAGUAACAAGCACCUCCACACCCUGCCCAAAGGCAUCCCCAGAAAUGUGACUGAAUUGUAUCUGGAUGGAAACCAGUUCAGUGUUGUGCCAAAGGAGCUGUCUACCUUCAAAUACCUACAGCUGGUAGACCUGAGCAACAACAAGAUCAACUCUCUGACCAACUCAUCCUUUGCGAAUAUGAGCCAACUUACCACUCUAAUCCUGAGCUACAACUCCCUGCGCUGCAUCCCCAAAAUGGCUUUCAGUGGACUGCACUCUCUUCGACUGCUGUCUCUUCAUGGCAAUGAGAUCUCCGAGCUUCCCGAUGGCAUCUUCAAUGACGUGGCCUCACUUUCUCACUUGGCCAUUGGUGCCAACCCCUUGUACUGUGAUUGUCGCCUUCGCUGGCUGUCUGACUGGGUGAAGACCGGAUACAAGGAGCCUGGCAUCGCCCGCUGUGCCGGCCCUCAGGGCAUGGAGGGCAAACUGCUCCUCACGACACCCGCAAAGAAGUUUGAAUGUGGAGGCGAUGUGGACACUUCAGUGCUGUCUAAGUGUAACCCCUGUCUGUCCAGUCCAUGUCUGAACCAAGGCAUCUGUCACAGCGACCUGGUGGAGAUCUACAGGUGCAGCUGUCCUCCAGGAUUUAAGGGUAAGAACUGUGAGACGGGUCUGAACGCCUGUGUGAGUAGCCCAUGUGCCAACGGAGGAGCCUGCAAAGUGAAUGAGGAUGACGAGGGAGAUUAUAGUUGCACAUGUCCCCUGGGCUUCGAGGGCCCCACUUGCCAAACCAACAUUGACGACUGCGAAGACAACGACUGCGAGAACGGAGCGACCUGCAUGGACGGAGUCAACAACUACACCUGUUUUUGUCCCCCCUACUACACAGGGGAGAUGUGCGAAGAAAUGGAAGACGUGUGUGCCCCUGGACGGAGCCCCUGCCAACAUCAGUCUACCUGCCUCAUCACCUCAAUGGGACCCAAGUGUGUGUGUUCUCCUGGUUAUGUCGGUGAUGACUGCAGUGUAGACUACAACGACUGUGAGGAGCAUCGCUGUCAGAACGGAGCUGAGUGUGUAGAUGAGCUAAAUGGAUAUUCCUGCAUCUGUCAUGAAGGAUACAGCGGUCAGUUGUGUGAGGUUCCUCAAUCUCCACUGUCCCUGUGUGAGCUGGCCGACUGCCAGAACAACGCCCCCUGUGUGGAGCGAGGCGGUCGCGCCCUCUGCCAGUGUCCCCCAGAGUUUGGGGGGCCACGCUGUGAGAAGCUGGUCAGCGUCAACUUCAUCGACAGAGACUCCUACCUGCUGCUCUCUGACCUCAAGAACUGGCCUCAAGCUAACAUCACCCUACAGGUGUCAACAGCUGAGGACAAUGGCAUCCUCCUGUACAAUGGAGACAAUGACCAUAUUGCAGUUGAGCUCUACCAAGGCCAUGUCAAGGUCAGCUAUGACCCCGGCAGCCAGCCAGGAGAUGCCAUUUACAGUACUGAGACUAUCAACGAUGGUCAGUUCCACACAGUGGAGCUGGUGACCUUUGACCAGAUGGUGAACCUGUCCAUUGAUGGGGGUCUCCCUACCACAAUGGACAGCUUUGGGGCAGUGCGGCCCCUCAACGGGGAGGCUCCACUAUACGUGGGGGGCAUGCCUGUGGACGUACCUUCUGGCACCUUCCGUCUGUGGCAGAUCCAGAACGGUUCCAGUUUCCAUGGCUGCAUCCAGAACCUGUACAUCAACAACGAGCUCCAGGACUUCACCAAGACCCAGAUGAAGCCCGGCGUGGUACCGGGCUGUGAGCCCUGCAAGAAGCUCUACUGUGUACAUGGCAUCUGCCAACCUGAUGGGGUCCAGGGACCGGUGUGCCACUGCCAGCCCGGCUGGAGUGGAGCGCACUGUGACCAGCCUGCCGCUAACCCCUGCCAGGGCAGCAAAUGUGUCCAUGGAAAGUGCAUCCCACUGGAUGCUCAGUCGUACCGCUGCGAGUGUGUGGAGGGUUACCGUGGUGCCCUGUGUAACCAGCAGGGUGAAUUGUUUAACCCCUGCCGUCGCCUGUCCUGCAAGCACGGUCGCUGCCAGAUCUCAGACACAGGAGACGCGUACUGUCACUGUGAAAGCGGCUACACUGGGGAACUCUGUGAUGCAGAGUCCGAGUGCCGAGGGGAACCUGUGCGAGACUUCUACCAGGUACAGCGAGGCUAUGCUAUCUGUCAGACAACACGCAUGGUCUCCUGGGUGGAGUGCACCGGGGCUUGCGAUACAGGGGCCUGCUGCGCCAGCCAGAGAAUGAAGCGCCGGAAAUACACCUUCGAAUGCAGCGAUGGAACCUCCUUCAGCGAGGAAGUGGAAAAGACCAUCAAGUGCGGCUGCGUGGGCUGCAUGUAGCACCAUUCACUCACACAUUUCCUGCCACUGCUGCAGCGCAGAAGAUGGAUAGAAAGGAAGGAAGAAAGCAAGAAGACUGGAGCAAAGCGAAGGAGGGAAAGAAAGAAAGAAAGAGAGAUUAUAAAGAAUAUAUAUAAAACCUCUAUCUAUAUAUUAUGGACAACAAUGUUUGUAAAAUAGGACAUUUCCUCCCCUUCCAAGGGUGUGUGACCUACAGUAACACAGAGAAACCAACAUCAUGUGCAACAAUGUAGAAGUGACAACAACAGCGACAAAACCAUUGUAUCUGCAACAUUGCUCCAAGGGGUCCAGAGAUUUCAAACGCGUUGCGCUCUGAGUAAGGCAUCCGUCCAACCCAAAUUCUCCAGUGUGAAUUCCCCAUCCAUCUGUAAGGCCUCUGACAGCCCAGCCACCAUCUACCAUCUUUACUCCGUGGAGGCAGCGAGGACAGCGGGGUCCAGCCUGGCUACGAACGACAGAACAGGCAGAGAAAGACAAAAAAAAGAAGCGAGAAGCUCAGAGGGAUAAGGAGAGAGCUGGACCGUUUGACUUGGCAAAGCUAUCUUGAGUUGAGCUUGGCUGGGUUACCUGGACUUUGGCUGGAUAUGGCUUGGGUUGAGUUAAAGUUGUUGUUGGUUUGGUGUAGCAAUUUCUCUGCCAGGAUACAGUCAUCCAUCCACACAUGCACAUGCAGAAGCAAAGAGAAAGAAAGAAAACGUAGGGUUAGAGCGGCACAUAAUCCUGUGCAGAUGUCAUGGCUGCGAGGUUUGGUGGUCUGGUGUCACAGUUGUUCGCUGUGUGGUACCGUAACAUAGAAACUCCAUAUAAAAAUAGAGACUGCACUGACUAGCAGCACUGAAAACAGCAGUUCAUCCACCUCUCUGAAGCACAUGAUCACACAUGCAUGGCAUACAUACAUUUUACACACAACGUGAGAGGGCUUGUGUGGUGCAACUACUCUAUUCUGUUCGUACAGCUGACCAAUCUGGCACUGGCAGUGCCCCCCGUGUUUAUCAGCCCCCAGCAUGUAUUGCCUCAGGGUUAGGAUGAUUUGCAGAAUAUCCCACCCCUCUUUGAGCAGGAGGCCGAUUAGCCCUGCUCCAUUUGAUGCCUGCAGUAUUAAAACUUGUGCAAACUCUUGCAUGUGUGGAGAAGAGUUUGCCAACAACUAUGUAGAACUUCUUAAUAUCAUUAUAAAUGUUACUACGAAACAAAAGGUUGCAGAAUCAUCUUCUGAGUUUUGUUUUGUUCUGUCUAAUUUCUCAUAUUGAUUUAUUUUUAUUUUUGUUAUAUUUUGUUAUAUUUUGUCUCAUGAUGUAACCUAACUCCUUUAGCUGCCCCCAAACCUUCCCCUACAACCCUUUAUAUAGAAAUGCCUAACAGAUUCUAAUAUAUAUAUAUUUGUAUUUCAUUUUGGUAUAGUAUUUUUCUAUGUUAAAGAGUAAGUCUGUUUCUGGAAGCUUUGGGACCGGUGGAAAGGCAUUCAGCUGGUUCCCGAGCUGUUUUUAUUUGUUGAUCUCACUUGCUCCAACAAGGUAAUUAAUUACGUUAAUUGGCCAAAAAACGCAGCAGCUGGUUGGCCUUGUUGUAUAGGAGGCAGUAUUGGUCUAGAAAUAUGUUUAAUAUUGUAUAUGUUGUCUUCCAUGUGAAUAUUACAUCUAAUUCAUGAGAGUCUGUGCUUGUUUUUAUUUAUUUUAUCUAAAGGCGUUUUCCUGUAGAAAGUGAAAAGCAUAAAAUGUUGCUGGCAUUCAAACAUUUUCAAAAAUUUCAAAAAAAGAUUAAAAAAGGCAAAAACAAUUAAGAAAAAAAUAGCAUAAAAAUCUGUAAGGUAUUUGUAACAUCACUUAAUAGCGAGUUACGGCAGUGUUUUCCUCCUCUCUGGCUCAGACAUUCCUCAUUUGCUGCAGGGGCUGGAGCUGAGAUUAAGAGAUGUCCCCCUCGAAAUUACCUUGUGAUUAACACACCACACUUCAAAGGCUUCUGAUUGUUUUCAUGUUAAUUUUGUUGAAGUGUGCAUUUACAUCAUUUGAAUCUGAGAGACGUUUGCCACGGAAAGAAGGUGCUUUUAGUUCAACAGAGUGAAAGUAGUCAAGCUCAACUGAUCAUAAGCUGCUGUCAAGCCAGAAGAAACAGGAUGAAGUUGCCUCUGUGGACAAUGAUCAUCUUAAAGGUAUAUCAUCCUAGAUCUCUUCGCACAGGCAACUGUGCGACACAUUACAUGCCUACUACUGACAGAAAAUAAACGAGAACGUUCUGGACAUUUUCAGUCUGUCAGUUCUGACUGGCUAUCCAUACAGAAAAAAAAGAAGAAAUGGUGCCAAUUACAGUGAACAGUCAUACCUGAAUGUAUAAAUGUGUAUAGAUAAAUAUGACCUAUGCUUAUUCAUGAAGUGGUAACUUUUAGCUGUUAUUUAGUUUCCAAUGUAAGAUAUAGAAAUCACAUCCUGUUGAAGAAGUGACAGUCCAUCGGGAUGGCGUAAGGCAUUGUUCUCCCAGCAGAUUGGGAUUGUGUUCAUCCAUUUUGCUGAUCUAAAUGUUAAAAAGUCUCUUUAUAGUGUGAAAGGCUGCAGACCCAGAUCUCAGCCCGGUACAAUGUCACAUCACAGAGCUCCUAUUCAUAUUGCUACCCAUUUGUUUUACAUGCUGUUGAUGUGAUCCCAGUGGUGUACAAUAACAUUAAAGAAGAUCUCAUAAAGGAUACUGAUGAACAGUCACUGUAAUACUUAGGCUGUGCGCCUCCUAAAGGUGCAUAUUUAGUCGAAUGUGACUUUCUUUUCAUGUCUCCUUUCCUUCCUCUGCACUGAUCUGUACUGGACUGGUGCAUUCAACUUCCUGGUAGACAUCUUAGUGGUGCUUGUGCUAUAUUGAGAUGUAAUUCAGUUGUCUGGUCGCCUGACCGGAAACACAGAUUUUCCAUCUUAUGAACUAUAUACAUAUUUGUUAUUGUGAACAACACAAUGUCUCUGUUGUAUUGAAAUGGUGCAAAAACUUAAGAAAUAUCCCUGGUUGGGUUCUGUCUAUUUGCUUUUAUGUUACAGGACUGAUGAUGGGAUUGAACUGAAAAACUCAAUAAUGCUGAAUGUAUGUAGUGCCACCGACAAAAUGUUUACCAAACCUCCACUCUUUUCAUUAAUUAAACUUAAAUGUGUGUGCUUUUAA